CUUGAAAAUGAAAUUAAAGAAUUUCUUCCAAAUCUUCUGGUUUGUCCUUGUAGGUUUUAUUGUUGUGUCUGCACAAGAAUGUGGGCGAACUGGUUCUUUUAUUCCCGGUGAUGGGUACGACACAAACCGGGGCCUUAUCCUCUCUUCUCUUGCUUCUGACGUUUCAGCUAGAGGCGGCUUCUUCAAUGGUUCAAUAGGCCAAGGCCCUGAUCGAGUUUAUGCUCUAGGGAUGUGCAUCCAAGGUGCUGAACCAGAUGUUUGCUCCAAAUGUAUUGAUCAUGCGUCUAAUGUGUUAUUAGACAGGUGUCCCAACCAGACAGAAGGCCUCAACUGGCCGGAAGUACGGAUCUUAUGUAUGGUACGAUACUCCAACCGUUCGUUUUUUGGAUCGCUCAAGGCAGAACCACAUUUUCAUUCCCCCAAUCAAGACGAUAUCAGGUACAACUCAACAGUGUUUGAUCAAGUGUGGGGAGACCUAGCACGUCGUAUGAUAGCCAGUGCCACUUUACCUUCAUCGAAACGCAAGUACUACGCAGCUGACAUAGCAUCUUUGUCCCUGACAUCUUUCCAGAUUAUAUAUGCGUUAAUGCAAUGCACUCCGGACUUAUCUCUGGAGGAUUGCAAUAUCUGUUUAACACAAAGUGUUUCUAACUAUGAAUCAUGCUGCUAUGGGAAACAAGGUGGCAUUGUUUACCGGGCCAGCUGUGUUUUUCGGUGGGAACUAUAUCCCUUCUCUGAAGCUUUUAGCGGUAUUACGUUGGAACCUCCGCCUGAAGCCCCAGCAGGAAACGUGACCAAUAAGAAAGGUGAGUCUUCGAGUAGCAAAACUAUAAGCACAUGUGUAGUGUGUAUCAUUCAUAAUUCAUUAAAUCCUUCAGACAUUCGGGAUUGUGCAGGUAGCGAGACAAUCUCAAUAGGAAUCUUCAAGGCAAUUGUUAUUCAAACUGCCAUUAUUAUUAUUUUCUUGGUACUGCUUGCGCUAGGAUUUUUUAUAUAUAGGAGGAGAAAGUCAUGCCGAGCAUUAGGUUCCCAAGGAUCAAGUACUGAGAUCCCGGUUAUACACUCAUUACAAUACGAUUUCAAAGCCAUUGAAGCUGCAACAAAUAAAUUUUCAGAGAGAAACUUAAUUGGCCAAGGUGGAUUUGGAGAUGUUUUCAAGGCUGUUCUUAACGGAAGGGAAGUUGCAGUUAAGAGGCUUUCAAAAACAUCAGGACAAGGUGGAAGAGAGUUCAAGAAUGAGGCUGUUCUCGUGGCAAAGCUUCAACACAGAAACCUGGUUCGGCUCUUUGGAUUUUGUGUGCAAGAAGAUGAAAAGAUACUUGUCUAUGAGUUUGUGCCUAACAAAAGCCUCGAUUACUUCCUUUUUGACCCUUCUUCAAUACAGGGUCAGCUGAACUGGAAAACGCGAUAUAAUAUUAUCGGGGGAAUUGCUCGAGGAGUUCUGUAUCUUCAUCAAGACUCACGGCUCAGAGUAAUACACCGAGAUCUCAAAGCCAGCAACAUUCUCUUAAGUGCCAAUAUGAACCCAAAAAUUUCAGACUUUGGAUUGGCGACUAUUUUUAGAAUGGAGCAAACUCGAGGCAACACCAACAGAAUUGCUGGCACUUACGCUUACAUGUCUCCUGAGUAUGCGAUGCAUGGUCAAUUCUCCAUGAAAUCUGACAUAUACAGCUUUGGAGUCUUAGUUCUCGAAAUUAUAAGCGGAAAGAAAAACAGUGGUGUCUACCAGAUGGAUGAAACUAGUACUGCUGGAAACUUGGUCACUUAUGCAUGGAGGCUUUGGAUAAACGGGUCACCAUUAGAACUGGUGGAUCCAGCUAUUGGAAGGAAUUAUCAGAGUAAUGAAGUCACUAGAUGCAUCCAUAUCGCACUCUUAUGUAUUCAAGAAAAUCCAGAUGACCGUCCUUUGUUAUCAAACAUCAUCUUGAUGCUCGGUAGUAACACAAGCACUCUACCGGCUCCUUGCUUACCGGGGUCUUUCCCACGAAGCAGGCAAGAACUGGUCCACGUAUCUGAGGGAUUAGAAUCAAAUGAAUCUACGGGAAGACCUACUACUUAUUCAUUUAAUGACGUGUCGAUUACCGAUUUAGAGCCUCGUUGAAGACGUAAAUAUGGUUUGUGUAAAUUUGGACUGGAGCUUCUACUGUAGUUUCCGUGUUCUGUUACCUCUACUGUGUUAUUUUGUAUAACUAACUAACUAUGUGUUUUGUUUUACUACACUUUUACUGAACUUA